GACAAUAAGUAGCAGAGCUCAGUGUCUCUUCAGGUCGUAACACUCAAGCAUCUGGACAGAGAUUUGAAAGGACUGUACAAGAUCCAAGGCCCCACCGUUGGGCAAAUGACGCUGAAACUUGCUUGUCUUUUCACCUCAGCCAGAUGAACACACACGCGGUAGACUUUGCAACCAAGGCUUGGCAUCUAUGCUUCUUUCCCAUCCUGUGCUUUCACCUCAUAAUGGGUGGUGUUCCUGGUCCAUGCCGACACUCGGUAACACAGGAGCACCUUAGGAUCCUCAAUCGCCUGAUUGACAAUCAGUUGGACCAUGGGUGUUUUAUAAUUUAUCAGUUUACUGAACGUUUGAAUUUGAGUAAAGUUUGUUAUGUCAAAGCAGCCCUUCCACAAGUACUUGAGCUUCUAAGAACACAAUUCCGUUACGGCAGAAAUUCAGACAACAGAAGAUAUGUCAACACCCUGGAAAAAGCAAUCUACCAUCUUUACUCCCAAGGAUGUAUCUCGGAAAUAAAUGAAGAGCUUGAGGAAAGUCCAUCCAGGUUAACAAAGGAGGCAGAAAGCUCACCAAAGGAAGCUCUGAAAAAAGCUCGACAAGUGAUCCAGAUGUAUAUGAGACUGAUGACAUUCAGCACUCAUCCUGUGGACUGGAAUUGUCAAUCUGAAUAUUCUGUCGGAGAUCAUUUAAAUCGCACUCAAAUUGCAUUUACCAGCACCACAGGUAAAGAUUGAAACAUUGUGACAGGUAAUACAAAUGUAGUACAGCGGUACGUCUAAGUUUGCCCAUGAACUGUUCAAUGCUGUUGGUCGAAUUCCUAUUUAGUCAACUUUCAAGAUAAAAUGUACUAUUAGGAUCAAUUUUAUUCUGAAUAAAGAAUGUGCCCAAUCUAUGACCAUAAUUUAACCUUUAUUGACGUCACAGAUGGUGGACCGUGGUUA